AUGUCUUCCAGCUACAAGCAACCCCCCCACAAAUUGACCAUGAUUCCUGGUCCAAUUGAAUUUUCGGAUGAAGUUCUCGGAGCUAUGGCCACUCCUUCCCAGGCCCAUACUUCGCCAGAAUUCGUGGCCACUUUCCAAUCGGUGUUGAAGAACUUGAGAAAGUUGUUCAAGUCUGAAGAUGCCGAGGCCCAACCCUACGUCUUGGCCGGUUCAGGAACUUUGGGUUGGGACGUUGCCAGUGCCAACUUGGUCAGUCCUGGCGACAAGGUGUUGGUGUUGUCCACCGGAUUCUUCUCUGACUCUUUUGCCGAGUGUUUGAAGGUGUACGGAGCCGACGUUGACGUGGUCACUGCUGAGGUUGGUGACGUGGUUCCUUUGAAGACCAUUACUGACAAGUUGAAGUCAGAAAAGUACUCUGCCAUCACCAUCACCCACGUGGAUACCUCCACUUCUGUUGUCAGCGACGUCAAGGCUAUUUCCGAGAUCGUCAAGAAGGAGUCUCCCGAAACAUUGAUCAUCGUGGAUGGUGUCUGUUCCAUCGGAGUAGAGGACUUGGAGUUCGACAAGUGGGGUGUUGAUUUUGCGUUGACUGCCUCCCAGAAGGCCAUUGGUGUCCCUGCAGGCUUGUCGAUCUUCUUCGCUUCCGGCAGAGCUGUGGCCAAGGCUUUGGCAAGAAAGGAAUCUACCUUCUUCGCCUCGUUGAAGAGAUGGACUCCCAUCAUGAAGGCCUACGAAAGCGGCAACGGUGCCUACUUCGCCACUCCUGCCGUCCAGACCAUCACCGCAUUGAAGGUAUCAUUGGACCAGAUUUUGGCUGAAACCUUGGACCAGAGAUUCGCCAAGCACGAGCAAGUGUCUUCCCAAUUCAAGUCCUCGGUGGAAAAGUUGGGAUUGAAGAUCCUCCCCGUCAACCACGAGGUUGCUGCCCACGGCUUGACUGCCGUCUACCUUCCUGAAGGCGUUGCUGCGCCUGAUCUUCUUGGUGCCUUGUCCAAGAAGGGCUUCACUGUGGCUGGUGGUAUUCACAAGGCUUUGGUGGGCAAGUACUUUAGAGUGGGCCACAUGGGCUUCUCUGUUUACGAGGGUCACGUUGACAAGCUUACUGCUGCUCUUCAAGAAUCGUUGACCGAGCUUGGCCAUAAAUAG